AUGAAGGAUGAUACGGAUCGGCCUAUGAAUACGUAUGAAAUGAAUCCAGAAGACUUUCAGAAGUACCUAUAUAAACGAGAAGAAUCGUAUAUGAAUGCUGAAAAGGAAGGUGCUUAUUUCAAACGGCCUCCUUCCUCUUCAUCGUCUUCAGGACAGAGCACACCUAAGCCUCUUGAGAAAGAUAUCCCAGUUCCAAUUGGAAACAUUGUUGCUCGGAUAUUACGGGGAGUAUCUCUUUAUGUAGCAUUAGCUUCGAUUGUGCUUAUGUGUUUGAUCACACACUCGUUCAUUAGUCGCCCUCAAGACAAGAGCUGCCAAACUGCUACAGUAUGGCCUUCUUAUGCAAAGUUUUUAGAUUUUGACAGCCGUUAUACUCGUUUCGCAGACAGGUAUACUCUUUAUCUUUACCGUGAAAAAAGCGUUUAUGGAAGCGACAAACCGACUGGUGUCCCCGUUCUUUUCGUUCCGGGAAAUGCUGGAAGUUACAAGCAGGUUCGUGCUUUUGCCGCUCAAGCAGCACUUGUUUAUGCUGAGGUGGCCGCGGAAGAUCCCGAAGGCACCCUAGAUUCUGGAAAACGAGAGCUUGAUUUUUUUGCUGUCGAUUUUAAUGAAGACUUCUCAGCAUUUCAUGGGCAAACUCUUUUGAACCAAGCAGAGUACGUGAAUGAUGCUAUAACUUAUAUCCUUUCCUUAUACCAAACUACAAGAAAAACUUCCGAUUAUCCAAAAGACGAAUCCUUACCCCUCCCUACUUCUGUAAUUAUUUUGGGUCAUUCCAUGGGAGGUAUCGUUGGUCAGGCUGUAUUUUCUCUCAAAAAUUAUGUUGAAGGUUCGAUAAAUACCUUGAUUACGUUAGCAGCACCUCAUGCUAUGGCUCCUCUUCCCUUCGAUCGCCAAAUUGUUGAGUUUUAUGAGGCCAUCAAAUCAUAUUGGUUAAAUUCAUUUUUACUUCCUGCUGAGGAAAAUUCCUUACGCGACACUCUUUUGGUUUCCAUUGCUGGAGGAGGUUUAGAUACAAAUAUUGUUCCUGAAUAUUCAGCAGUUACUGCAUUCGCUCCUCCGUCGAAUGCCCUUAGUGUUUUUACAUCUGGUAUUCCAUACGUUUGGGCUGAAAUUGAUCAUCAGGCUAUGGCUUGGUGUGAAAAUUUCCGAAGGGUCUUAAUUCGCGGUUUGUUUGCAAUUGUUGAUGCUAGACGGCCGACGGGUACAGUAUCACUCGCUGAAAGAAAAAGGUUAUUGUCACAUACUUACAUUCAAGGCUCUUCUCUGGACAAUGAUAUGAAUCAACUGUCUGGUUCCCCUAGUACUUAUGAAAAACUUGAAUGCGCUAAUACUGUAGUGUAUGAUAAGAAGCCCGGUACAGCAUUUAUGUUGGAUGAAUUUGGGACAAGUAAAACAAAGCAGCAUGUUUAUCCUGUCCCAACUCUUCCCGAUGAGUUCGAAUACUUUGAGCUUUUAACUAGUUAUCCCAUAGAUACCGCGGAUUCUCAAGUUAAAGUCCUGGCUUGCCACCUUGAUCCCAAAACUGGCACAUCGUUACCGGAAUUGAACAGGUCAGAAUCUGGAGAACCAUUACCCGUUGUUUGCGAAUUGUUAAGAGAUGCGAUUACGCUUAUACCUGCUUCGACGAUUGAUACUGACAUCCCCUAUAGCGGUAAGGUGUUUUAUAACUAUAAAUUGCCAAAGGAGCGACUUCAAGAUUAUCACCUAAUUUUGAUUACGGAUGAUUUGAAGGAGCCAAAUGAUUACUUUUUAGUUGGUGAAUUUGGCAAUAAAUCCUCGGACCCCAUACAGAUUGAUAAGUCUCAAAGCCAACUUUUUAAGCAUGGAGUCAACUUUUCGUUUAAUACGUCUAACUUGUUGUCUAAUAAAUUUCAGAUUUCGGGAAUGCAAAGCUCCCUCUUAGCUUACAAAAUUAAGCUUAGCUACGAACUUCAUGAUGGCAAAGAGGUACAGACGACUUUUACGCCCAUGUUGAAGCAAACCUUAGAAUCCCCUUUUGAAACUAAAUUUUACGUAAAUUUAACCGAAGCAGAAAUUUCGUUACAUGGAAUUUCUCCAUUCAUGGAAUACUUUGGCAAGGAAUCUGAAAAAUCGCUUGUUAUGGAAUUCAUCGCAAAUCCUCUUGUUUACAAAAAGUUUCAUGUAUCUUUACUUCCUGACUUAUAUGGUAGUGCAGGACGUUUAUUGAUGCGCUACCGCACUUUGCUGGGCUCAUUUCCGGUUGUCGUUGUAGCUUUUGCUGCAUACUGCCAGUUCCGCUAUUUCCAUUACGGCUCGACAUUCCUAAACAUGAAUACAGCACUUGAGAUCAUUGUUCGUAGAGGUUUGGUAAAGUUGCUCGUUUUCGUUUCCGUCCUCUCUACAAUCACUUCAUAUUUAACGAGUCGUGUAUCUACAGCUUUACCAGACGGUGCUGAUCCAGAUAGUUCAUGGCGCGUUUCCGCCGCGAUGGUGCUGAACUCAUUCUGGAAGCAAAAUCACUUGUUGUUUGGUUUACAAUCACCUCAGUUUUGGAUUUUGGCUCCAAUUUUAACUUUUAUGUUCGUUGGACUAGUCGUUGCCGCUGUAUUCAUGUUUUCGAUUAUUAUCCAUGUACUCUCAUAUUUCUACGGCUUUUGUUUUAAACUUCGAAAAUCUUCCAUGAAAGGGUUAAUGCAAUCCUUUUUUAUGUGUAUCAAGCUAACGUAUGUCUGUAUAAAGAAGAGAAACACUUCUGUGUGGAAAAACGCCGCUUUCAAUAAAUAUGAUGCUUCGGAGACAGCUUUGAAUGCUAUAUACGCUAAUCCAUCUCUGGCAUAUUGUUACGGAAGAAAAGAUUUUCAGACACGGCUCAUUUCGAAUAUUAUUCUACUAUUUAUAGUUAUGACCGUAGUGCCUUUCCAGAUAGCAUAUGUUAUUUUGCUUGCUACGCAGUCUAUGACUACUGCCAAAAGUUUAUUCUUGGCUAGGGGGUGUGCAAUAUCGAGUCACCGUCAGCAAAAGCUAUGGAGCUUCUUCAACUUUUCGCUGACGAUUACUUUUUUGAUGUUGCUUCUGGCUCCUAUAGAUUUUCCUGUGCUUUUAGUUUGGGCACGAAAUAUCUCCACGCAUUGGUAUAUUCCGUUUCCUACACAUCAUAACUUUUUCUCUAUCAUACCUUUUAUGAUAAUGACAGAAAUUCUUCGAAAAGGUAAACUACUUCCUCGCUUGACCGAUGCAGAGUUUUACUCAAAUAAUCUUCUCCUCUUCCUUUUAGCAUUUUAUUCACUAAUUUAUGGUGCUGAAAAGCCAUACUUAAUUCAUAACGUGGUGGGAGCAUAUUUCUUCUGGCUGAUUUUCUUAUAUGCCAAAAACCAGUUUGUCAAACAACCAAAAAGACCCUGA